AUGGAUUCGAUUGGGAAGCGCACGGCAAAAGACUCAAUGAUUUCGAUCAUUUUGGAGUAUCUUAACUCUCAAGUUCGAGCAAAGCUCGAAGACGGUAGACAGUUCACAUUUCAGAAUGUCAAUGUCAACAAACAACUAAAUGGCUAUGAUUGCGGAAUGUUUGUCAUCUUUUGGGCCAGAGCUCUUAUGGAAAACGGUAUUGAAGCUGUUAAAGAAGUCAAAAUCGACACUUCCCAUCGAGUUCAACUCAUUCAGGAUAUUCAUCAAGCUAUUAUCAGAGAUAAAAAGAUACCAUUAUUAUGGCCGUCUCGCGUAGAAACCAGUGGGUGGCAGCCAUCAAAGCCUAUUAUGAUAGCCACUCCAGAUGAAAGUGUUGUUGAUCUCAUUAACUAA